UGGUUCUACAGAGUACCUGAAAUUCAGGUUUUGUAAACUUCUAGCCUGUUUUAGACAGAGUUGCUGCGUUUACUUUUCAUGUAAAGGAUCAUUUCUGCUCGUUCACGCGUUUUGUUGCUGUUGAUUCGCGCUUGUACUGCAGCUAGCGUUCUUGUUAGUGACAAACUGCGUGCGUAGUAACUAAACAGACUGCGUCCAUGUUUGGGCUCAGAGCCGAUUAGAGCUGAUCGGUUCUUCCACCGCAAAAAGUGUGGGCAUGUGGCGCAAACGCGCGGCACCGGUGUUCCGCAUCGACCGGAGGAAGACACGCAUGAACGCCCUCGAGCAGCUGCUCGAGGACAGCGACGAAGGGUCGUACUGCAGCACGACAACUAGCGACGGCUCCGAAAGCGAGUACCAGCAGUCGGACGACGCCUCCGGCAGCAGCGACUCCGAUUCCCCUGCGCCCGAACGCGCCGAUGCGGGAGACGACAGCGGCGGGACGGACGAGGAGGAAAAGUGCGUCGUGCCGAAGCGACUGGGGAAGAGGUCGGCCAGUGCGAGCGUCCUGGACGACAGCACGAGCGACUCUUCGGACAGCGACGUGGGAGCCGAGCCUGUCCGGAAGGCGUCUGGGAAGAAACGACUCAAGCUUUCCGACUCCGAGGGUGAAACUGGCAAGGAGAACGAAGGAGAAGCAGAGGCUAGAGAAGCGGCUGCCAAGAGGAGAGAGAGGAAAAGGAAACUGAUGGAGCUGUUGAAGAAGAGAAAAACGGGUACACCACUGCGCAGGCGCAGAACCUUGGGUUCGGAGGAGGUAGAAGUUGCAGAAGAUGAACCUGAAGACAAAGGAGAAGUGAAAGACUCUGAAGAUGAGUCUAGUAAGGAGGACACUGUUCGCUUAAUCGACAGCAGCGAAGAAGAAAAACAGGCCGACAGUGACAGCCUGAAGGACUUCAUUGUAGAGGAUGAAGAGCAGAAAGGGGGAGAGGAAGAGGAAGAAGUGGUUAAAACAGAGGACAAGAACUUCAUGUCUCACCUUCCACGCGAGUUCAUCACCGGAUCUCAGUUUACCCACUUUCAGGUGGUGGUCAAAGCCUUGUUGAUCAAUGCAUUGGACACGUCCUUCCUCAAGUCACUUUACGACGGUGAGCGGACAAAGCGCUAUGCUGAAGAGAUGAAAUCGUCGUUGCGUCACUUUGAUGAGCGACUGGUGCUCCCACGCCUGGAAAAUCUAAAGCAGAGGAGCCGCUGGAAAGAACGCUACAAAGAGCGGGUAGAGUGUUAUCCCAAAGUGCGAGUUAGUAUGGUGAACAUCCUCACUAAGGGCUGUGAAGCGUGUGAGCUCCACCGAAAUGGCCGCUUCUAUGUGCGUCUGUCCGGGCAGCUCUAUCACAACCACACACUGCAAGAAGACCAGUUCAUGCCUGAUGACUCGCAGACGUUCUUUGUCGGCUCUGUCUGUGCCAGCCGUACUGAGGUGUACCAUGCACUCAAACACUUCAAGUACCAUCUGUUCCAGCGCUGCCGCACUGCUCUGGAGGAUCACAAAGAGGUAGAGCAAGAGCCACAGGAGGGAGAAGAUGAUGAGCCGGUGAAGGAUACUGUGAAUAAAGUGUUCACCAAACUGAUGGAGGAAGGCUGGAUUACUGAGCAAUAUGACAAGUUUCAGGAACACCUUAAUGCUGCAGAUUUCUUCCAAGAAGAGAAGCUGGACUGAGAAGUUGGAUGACCUUUUUGUUUUAGAGAAAACAUUUCUGUAAAUAGCUUCUUGUAGUUAACAGCAAAGACAUGAUUAUACCAAAAUCAGUGUGAUUUCAGUAUAAUGUUUUAUAAAUAUACAUGGUUUUUUUGUUAUCCAGUUGCUUUUGCAUUUUCCUUUUAAUAAAUCAGACAUUUUAUUUAACUCAAUAGAGUUUGUAAUAUUUAAAACAUUUGUAAUGCUUGAAAUGAAUUAAUUACACACAAAAAAGUUAAUAAAUUUACUCUGAGAAAUAUCUGUUUUGGGGGUUAA